AUGAUCGAGGAUUCAGUAAUAAACGAUUUCUUAGUCGGCAUCGAGGCUACUGCAAUGAAGGAGAAACAAGAUUAUAUCACGCAGCAUGGAUCAGACAAAACAGCUGAGGUUGGUAUUGAGGCCAGUGUAGAUGCAAUGAAGGACAAACCAGAUUCUAUCACACACCAUGAAUCAGAUAAACCAGUUGGUGAGCCCGAUUCAAACGUCGUUAUGAGCACAGUCGAUGAUGAUGAUGCAUUUCCAGAGAUCACUACGCAAUUUCUGGCUGAGGUGGAUAGAACUGCACAAGAAAAGAUAAAUAGUGCAUUAAAAGAAAGAAAUGAGCACUUGGAUGUAUUGUUUUACUAUUUGCGCAAGAUCGGUUUGUACGGGAAAAAUGCUCCAGUGCGGUUCACAACAACCGAUACCCUGUUUGACCAGCACAUAAAGGCAUUGUAUAGUACCUUUCUGGAACAAUCGCGCAAUCCGGGUGUAUGUUCUGUUCAGGACAUGAUUAUAGACUACAUUUUGGGUUAUAAAAUUAUAAGUGGAUUGUCAUGGUUUGAAGUUGAUCACGUUCUGUUUCCAAUGCAUGUUGAACUUAAUGGCAUUGGUCACUGGAUUCUGGGGAGAUUCUCUUUUGCCGACAUGAGGUUUUGGAUUUAUAAUUCAUAUCAAUCUGUAGAUUUUGACAAGGUUGUUCUAGUGAGUGCACAUGCCUAUUCCGAGCUUCUGCCCAUUUUCCUUCGUUUGGUGCACUUUUUCGAUAAGAGGACUAACGUAAACACCGAUGCGGGUGGACGAAUCAAAACAGAUGUGAACUCUCCUCUAGAAAUUACGGUUGCUUCUAACAUCCCAAAGCAGAUCAACAGUGAUUGUGGUGUGUUCGUUGUGUCAUAUGUUGAGCACUUCAUAACCGAUGUUGACCUUCCUGAUAAGUACGAUAUUAAUGUGGAGAGGCUUAGAUACUCGUACUUGCUAUAUGCGCAUGGAAUUUUCAAAAAAGAAAAUGAUUAUGAAAGCGAGGAUGAAUCACCCGGCACAAUGCCUGAAGAAGUCCGUAUCAGUUACUUGGAAUGA